AUGCAGGGCCGCAGCCUGCCCUUCCGUGUGGCCACCCUGGUGACAGGCCUCCUGGAGUGCCUCGGCUUCGCGGGCGUCCUCUUUGGCUGGACGUCCCUGGUGUUCGUCUUCAAAGAGCAGCGUUACUUUGAGGAGCUGUGUGAACCGGAUGCUGGGCCGCUGGGCAAUGCCACCGGGCUGGAUGACUGCAGGGCCCGGGACGAGCAGUUCUCACUCAUCUUCACCCUGGCCUCCUUCAUGAACAACUUCAUGACCUUCCCCAUAGGCUACAUCUUUGACCGUUUCCAGACCACCGUGGCCCGCCUCAUUGCCAUAUUUCUCUACACCAGCGCCACGCUCACCAUAGCCUUCACCUCUGCAGACUCAGCUGUGUUGCUCUUCCUGGCCAUGCCCAUGCUCGCCGUGGGAGGCAUCCUGUUCCUGAUCACCAACCUGCAGAUCGGGAACCUGUUUGGCAAACACCGCUCGACCAUCAUCACCAUGUACAACGGAGCGUUUGACUCCUCCUCGGCGGUCUUCCUCAUCAUCAAGCUCCUUUAUGAACAAGGCAUCGCCAUCAAAGCCUCCUUCGUCUUCAUCUCUGUCUGCAGUGUCUGGCACGUUGGGCGCACUCUCCUCCUGAUGCCCCGGGGGCACAUCCCCUACCCACUGCCCCCCGACUACCGCUACGGUCUCUGCUCCGGGGACAGCUCCCAAGAGGAAGACAAGAAGGCAGCCGAGUCCAAAAAGCUGGAGCUUCAGUCAAAGGAGUUCAUUUCCCCAAAGAAAGAGGCCCUGGGAGAGCAGCAGGCACCCGGCUCCUUCUGGAGCCACGUCUUCUCUCAGCGCUUUGCCUGGCACGUGGUCUGGCUGUCUGUGAUACAGCUGUGGCAUUACCUCUUCAUCGGCACCCUCAACUCCCUGCUCAACAACUUGGCCAGCAAGGACAGCGCGCUAGUCAGCACCUACACAAACGCCUUUGCCGUGACUCAGUUCUUCGGAGUGCUGUGUGCUCCCUGGAACGGCCUGCUCAUGGACCGGCUCAAACACAAGUACCAGGAGGAGGCGAGAAAAACAGGGGCCCCGGCCAAGGCCGCCGCCCUGCGCGCGGCGGUGCCCUCGCUGGCCCUGACGUCGCUGCUGUGCCUGGGCUUUGCCGUCUGCGCGUCCAUGCCGGUGCUCCCGCUGCAGUACGCCACCUUCGUCCUGCAGGUGGUCAGCCGCUCCUUUCUCUACGGCUGCAACGCGGCCUUCCUCACGCUGGCGUUCCCCUCAGAGCACUUCGGGAAGCUGUUUGGACUCGUGAUGGCCCUGUCAGCUGUUGUGUCUUUGCUGCAGUUCCCCCUGUUCACCCUUAUCAAAGGCCCUCUCCAGGAUGACCCGUUAUACGUGAACUUGAUCCUGGUGAUGCUGACUCUGCUGACGUUCAUGCAUCCCUUCCUGGUGGACCGGGAGUGCCAGCGGAAGGAGAAACCCCCUGAGGUCGCCUAG